AUGCAGUCCCGCCUCGCUCUCGCUCUCUCGUCCCUCGUCGCCGCCGUCGCCUUCGCGGCGUCGGCGACGGCGCUCCCGUCCGCCCCCGAGCCGACGAUCACGGUCGGGGUGCCGCUGUGCGCGGCGCAGGGCUUCCCGUGCACGAACACCGGCGCGCUGCCCUGCUGCCCCGUCGCCGGGGUCAGCGUGUUCUGCAACCUCCAACUCGGCACGCCCGACGCCAGCAUCGGGGGCCGCGCCCCCACGCCGGCCACGCCAGCCACGGCCGUACCGCACUCUCCGCCACGAUCUUGCACAUACACGACUGGGGACGAAAUCGUUUGGGACAACAUCCCCUUUGCCUCGACGCCGGCCGACGAGGCCAGCCCCAACACAGGAGCAAUGCUCCGCCGCCGCCGGCCCCGCAUGGGCGCAUACUUGACUCUCACCCCCAUGGCGGGGGACUACUGCCCCUGCCCCGACGACCCGCGCGAGCUCGCCCCGCUGCCCGACAACUGCUUGGGCCUCGUGGGGGUCGACAUCCCCCACCACACAGAUGAAGACGUGCGGCCCGCCCCCAGCCCCACCUUCGACCGUGCCCCGGGGGGGUGGGUGCAGCCGCGGUCGAAGUGGCUGGCGCUUCUCGGAGAGCAGACGCGUGCUCGUGAGGAGGCGUCCGAUGGCGAGGGCGUCGACGAGAGCGAGACGCAGGGGGCUCCGGUCCCCGCGUCGAGCGACACCGUGGAGGCCGCCGCGGCGCCGAACGAGGUGUCGGCCGUCGCCCGCGCGCUCGAGAACGUGGUGGUGGACGACGACGAAUAUGCGGAGGGCGAGGACGCGCCGGACCGGCACACGCACCGGUCGUACUCGAGCACGUCCGCGGUGACCGCGGCGACGGGCGCAAGCUUUUUCAGCGCCGUGGAGGGCCGCGCGGACACGCCGGCCACCGACGUGGACGACGCGGAGGUCCCGGCGUUCGUCAAGGAUGUGUACGAGCCCACGCCGCGCGAGCGCAAGAAGAAGAACAAGCUGAGGAAGAAGGGGAAGGGGAAGAAGACCAGAGACGUCGUCGACUCGCCGGGGGCGCUUGGCAAAGGCGUCGUCGAGACCGGGGAUGUUGUCGGAGGUGCGUCGUACUGCGUCGUGGACGCGUCGGAGCCGUGGGGGACGUCCAAGGAAUUUACGGGCGUGCGUCGUGUCGCAAAGGGCAGGGUGGGGAAGAGUCGGGCGAAGUCGUCCCCCUUUGUGUAG